GCCAAACCAAAUUCUAUAGAGAUUUUAAGUCAAAUAGAGAAUGACUUCACCAGUUGAUGUCUCAAGUUGCAGCACAAGACCAACCCCAGAAAGAUCACUUUGCCAUGAACACAUGAUAAGGGUGAAAGAUGGUGGGUUGGAGAUGGAUAGCUUUGGCCCAAAAAUUAAGCAUUCAGCAGAACUGGAAAGUACUACUGUUACAGUACUGAAAGAAGAAGAAGCAAAUUCUGAUGUACAUGUGAUUAGUUCAGAAAUGAGAGGAGAUGGUGUCUUCUUGACAUGGGAGGAUCUUUGGGUGACAGUUUCAAUGGGAAGAAGUGGGUGCAGAUCAAUCCUUCAAGGGCUCACAGGAUAUACCCAGCCCGGCGAGGUCUUGGCCAUCAUGGGUCCUUCUGGUUGCGGCAAGUCCACUCUUCUAAAUGCUUUGGCAGGGAGACUAGGUACAAAUACAAGGCAAUCUGGAAAUGUGCUUGUCAAUGGUCGAAAACAGACUCUAGCAUUUGGAACUUCGGCUUAUGUGACUCAAGACAAUAUCCUAACGACGACAUUAACAGUUGGUGAAGCAGUAUACCACUCAGCUCAGCUCCAACUACCUGACAUGAUGUCAAGAUUGGAGAAGAAGGAGAGAGCAGAGAUGACUAUAAGGGAAAUGGGCUUACAAGAUGCCAUCAAUACAAGGAUAGGGGGAUGGGGAACCAAAGGGAUUAGCGGUGGGCAAAAGAGGAGAGUAAGCAUUUGCAUUGAGAUCUUGACACAUCCUAAGCUUCUCUUCCUAGAUGAACCAACAAGUGGGCUUGACAGUGCAGCAUCUUAUCAUGUCAUGAACAGAAUAGUAAACCUUGCUGAAAAAUAUGGAAAGACUAUAAUCGUGUCUAUCCAUCAACCUAGCAAUGAAGUCUUUGAGCUUUUCCACAAUCUCUGUCUUCUCUCCUAUGGUAAAACAAUUUACUUUGGUGCUGCCUAUACAGCAAAUGAGUUCUUUGUAUUGAAUGGCUUCCCAUGCCCAACUAGGAGGAACGAAUCUGAUCACUACCUUAGAAUGAUCAAUAAAGAUUUUGAUGAGGACACUAAACAAGGCUUUGGUGGCAAGAUCAAAAUUGCAGAUGAAACUAUUGAUAUUCUUAUGCAGUCAUACAAGUUAUCUGAAACCUAUCAACAAGUUCUAAAACAAGUAGCUGAAUUGUGUGAAAAGGAGGGAGCAUCAUUGGAGAAGAAGGGCAGCCAAGCUAGCUUCCUUACCCAGUACAUUGUUCUUACAAGAAGAUCCUUUGUGAACAUGUAUCGUGAUCUAGGCUACUAUUGGCUGCGAUUUGCAACCAACAUCACUUUGUGUUUAUGCCUAGGAAAUAUCUUUUACAAUGUUGGUGCCAGUGCCAGCUCUGCCUCAAUUCAGGCUAGGGGUUCGAUGCUCAUGUUUGUAGCUUCACUCAUGACAUUUAUGUCUGUUGGUGGAUUCCCAUCUUUUGUCGAGGACAUGAAGAUUUUUGAACAUGAAAGACUAAAUGGGCAUUAUGGUAUUGCUGCAUUUGUUAUUGCCAACACACUCUCUUCCAUUCCUUACUUGCUUCUGAACUCUUUACUUCCUGGAACAAUAGUUUACUAUCUUGUCGGCCUUCAACGGGGAUUUGAACACUUCAUAUACUUUGUUUUGAUGCUAUUUGUCUGCACCAUGUUGGUUGAAAGCUUAAUGAUGGCUGUUGCAAGCAUUGUGCCAAAUUUUCUACUGGGACUUGUAAUAGGCUCUGGAAUUCAAGGAUUGAUGAUACUCGAUGCUGGUUUCUUUCGGUUGCCUAACGAUCUCCCCAAACCUUUUUGGAGAUACCCAAUGUAUUAUAUUGCCUUUCAUAAGUAUGCUUACCAAGGCUUCUAUAAAAAUGAACUUGAAGGUUUAACAUUCCCAAAUAAUCAACUGGCAGGAGCAUCCACUAUCACUGGGGAAGAAAUUUUGAGAGAAAUAUGGCAAGUAGAGAUGGAUUACUCCAAGUGGGUUGAUCUUGCUAUCUUGUUUGGAAUGGUGCUUCUAUAUCGUCUCAUGUUCUUUCUUACUGUAAAAGCUGUUGAAAAUGUUAAGCCCAUUAUCAUGUCCAUCAGUAUUGCUCUCUCCCACUUAGAAGAUUCAGAUCAUGGAGAACCCCUUCCCCAUGAAGGAAAACUAUAAUUGUUCUAUACUCUUUUGUUAUUUAUGUUGAGCAUAACCUCAUUAAAUCGU